GGGAGAGCAGCUUCGAGGGCUGGAGGAGGCUGAUAUCACCAAGUUCACAUUCACUCUUGUCUCUGUGAAGAGUGAAGAAGACGAUGAAGAGAAACCUCAGUCCUCACAGCUUCAUCAAAGAUUUGACCAGAUGGAAACAAAAGCUGAUAGAGAGGACUGUGGAGGACCAGAACCAGCCAGGAACUCAGAUCCAGAGAGACAUUUACAACCUGAUACUCAUGACAAGGCUUCACACUCCUCUGAACCUCAGACUGAAGAGAGUUGUGAUUGGGAGGAGACCAGGGGACCUCAGUCAGGUUCAAACCCUCUGCAAAAUAACAGUGAAUGUAACACUUGUGAGAAAUCAUUUCACUGCUCGGAGUGUGGUAAACUAUUCAGCCAAAACUCAAAUGUGAAGAGACACAUGAGAAUUCACACUGGAGAGAAACCAUUUAGUUGUUCAGUUUGCAGAAAAAGAUUUAAUCAGAGGGUACAUCUGGCAGAACACAAGGCAAUCCACAUGAGGGAGAAACGAUACAGCUGCCGUGUUUGUGGCAAAAAAUUCUCUUGGCUUUAUCAGCUCAAACACCAUCAGUGUGUUGGUCGUCAGUCCUCAAAGCUUCAUCAAAGCCAAACUGACCAGAUGAAAACAAAAGCUGAUGGAGAGGACAGUGGAGGACCAGAACCAGCUGAAGUACCUGUAAGUGAUCGGGUAUGUAAUAAUGGAAAAACAUCAAGUAGCUCCUCUGAAUGUGCUACAAGCUUUGGACACAAGGGACGUCUGCAGAAACACAAUGGACUCCAAAUAGGAGAGGAAGCAUUUUGUUGCUCAGUUUGUGGUAAAAGAUACUUCGGGAAGAAGUCCUUAAGGAGUCAUAUGAGGCUUCAUUCAGAACGAAAAUGUUUCAUCUGCUCAGUUUGUAAAGUAAGUUUUGGCUGCAGAAGCCAUUUGUCCACACACGAGAGAAUCCACACACAGGAGAAGCCAUUUAGUUGUUCUGUCUGUGGUAAAACAUUUUCACAAAAACCACAUCUGAAACAACACUUGACUGUCCACACAGGGGAGAAACCGUUCAGUUGUUCUGUCUGUGGUAAAACAUUUUCACAAAAGCCACAUCUGAAACAUCACUUGACUGUCCACACAGGUGAGAAACCCUUCAGUUGUUCUGUCUGUGGUAGUAGAUUUGCACAAAACUCAACUUUGACCUCACACAUAAGAGUUCAUACAGGAGAAAAACCUUUCAGCUGCUCAGUUUGUAAAACAAGAUUCCGUGACAAAAGCAAUUUGUCCAGACACAUGAGAAUCCACACAGGAGAGAAACCGUUUAGUUGCAGCAUUUGUGAUAAAACUUUCACUCAACCCGCUCAUCUCAAAAACCACAAGUGUGCUGGAGAGAGCAGCAGAAGUAAAUGAAGCUUCAGAGAUGCUUCAGAUUUUAGUUGUGACACAUUAUUUGGUGGUUUUCUGAGAACUUUGACAUUUUAAUACAUGUCAUACCAAAAGCAAAGUAUUUCAUGUCUGUUGUACAGCACUAUGGUCAACUAGUGUUUUCAAAUGUGAUUUACAAACUACAUUCAUUGCCUUAUCACCCAACAACACAAUUUACUUGUAAUUGAAUGGACUCUCCUGGUCUUGAAUAUAUCUAAUUAUAUGUAAAACGUGAACAAUUGAUUCUUAAACUGCUCAUACUGUAUUUGUGUUAUUUUGGUCAAAUCACAAGUCUUUACACAACCUUUGAUUUCACACAAUUGGACAGCUGAUGUGUUGGAUUUGCCCAUUUGCCUUUAAAGCAGAGGUUCUGAUUUUUCCAGCCUGUUUCAUCUUCAAUGUUGGGCAUGUUAGUCAGAAAAUGUAAUAAGUUAAUACUUUUACAGAACUGAUAGUAUUACUUUUUUUUAGUACUGUAUAUUUAAAGGACUUAUGUGACUAUAUUACUUUCACGACCCCCCCGCCCCACCCAUUACUUCAAAGUGACAGACACUUUGUUCAGCCAGCUCAUUUCAGAAUUGAAUCCACUUUACUGGAACAAUAAUUCACCUUAGGAGUCAACAAUCAGCCAAACUGAAAAAAAUAUAGUCUCUCCCAAUGAGUGCAUCAGCUACAGGAAACAUUUAAUUUUAAUGAUCAGCUACAAGUCAGUCAGACCGUUUUAGGUUGACAAAUUUUGAAGAUUUUUAAACCUUUGUCUGGAAACUGGUUUCAAUAAUUUUAUUAAAUACAUUAUUUUUUUCCCCCAUAUAAUUAUUUUGUUAUUUUUAUUUGUUUAAAAAUUUUUUUAAAAGCUCCAUAACAGGUGGUGUUUUUUAAUGAUUAAUUUGCAAUUGAUUUAUGAUGUGAAUUCAUCUAUAGCAUUAAUUGUAAAUGACCGAACUGUAAUUCCUCCUUAUGAAGGAAGUGAAGUAAAAUACUUUCAAAUACACUGAAACCUAAAACAAGCAUUUUCUUGCUGUUUAAUGUGUUCGUAAUGAUGGCAAUAUAGGUUUUAGUCCACCCUGAUGAUCAUGUUCAUAAACACAUCUAAUAAUGACAUAAUAAAAAUCAGAUUAAAAAAACGUAGGAAAUGUUUGUGAUUCUGCUCACAAGCUGAUACAUUAUCUGAACUCUUGUGUAACUGUUGUGAAUUGCUGUAUAAUUAGAUGUACUACUAUAAUCUAUCACCUGUGAAAAGUAAAGUAAUUUUACUUACUAGUAGAGUUAUCAGUGUGUGUGUGUGUGUGUGUGUGUGUG